AUGGGCACGUUCUUCUCUGAGACAGGGUGGCUCUGCCUGACUGUCACGGCAGUGCUGGGAGCAGUAAUUCUUUGCAAACUCAAGAAGAACCACAGGCAGGAGGGCAGAAAGAUGGUCUGCCUGGCUGGCCUCUGGGGAGGGGCUUGCCUGCUCAGCCUCUCUCUCUUCUGGGGCUUGAUCCUCUUCUCCCUGUCAUGUUUUCUCAUGUAUGCUUACUUUUCUGGCCAAGAGUUUUUACCUGUGGAUCAAAAGGCGGUGCUGAUCACAGGUGGCGAUUCUGGGAUUGGCCAUGCUUUGUCCAAGUAUCUGGAUAAGCUGGGAUUCACAGUAUUUGCUGGAGUUCUGGAUGAAAAGGGAUCAGGAGCAGAGGAACUACGAAGAACCUGCUCCAAGCACCUGUCUGUGCUCCAGCUGGACAUCACCAACUCGCAGCAGAUAAGAGAUGCUCACAGCAAAGUGAUGGAAAAGGUGCAGAACAGAGGACUGUGGGCUGUGGUCAACAACGCAGGGAUCCUUGGCUUCCCAAUCGAUGGGGAGCUCAUUCCCAUGACCCAAUACAAACGAUGCAUGGCCGUGAACUUCUUCGGGGCCGUGGAAGUCACCAAGGCAUUUUUGCCUCUUCUUAGGAAAUCCAAGGGCAGGCUGGUGAACAUCAGCAGCAUGGCAGGAGGGGUUCCAAUGGAGAAGAUGGCGGCCUACAGCUCAACCAAGGCAGCUCUGACCAUGUUUUCGGCAGUCAUGAGAAAAGAGCUAUCCAAAUGGGGAGUUAAAGUCUCUGUCAUCCAGCCUGGAAGCUUCCAAACAAACAUCGCAGGCACGAGUGACCUGUGGGACAAGCUGGAGAAAAACAUCCUGGAUGACCUCACCCCUAACCUGCAGGAGGACUACGGCCAGGACUAUAUCCUUAAGCAACGCAGUUUUCUCAAGUUCAUGAGCAACAGCUCUGAACCGGACGUCUCCCCAGUGCUCCUGGACGUCCAGCAUGCCAUCUCUGCUAAGAGCCCCUAUGCAUUUUACACGCCCGGAAAAAUGUCUUUUUUGUGGCUCUGCUUUGCUUCAUUUAGCCCUACUGUCCUAUUUGAUUACUUUAGCAAAAGCUCACAUAGUUUUACAAGGGGCAUGCCCAGAGCAUUGAGCAAGGCUAACUGGAAGAAUGAGGCCAUGUAG